CACACUAAUGCUGAUGAAGGUACUUUCGUUUUGCGUUGGUUUACCAGACAGCGGUUAAUGGCGUUCUUGUGAUCGUCUGUUACCGCCAUGAGCGAUCCCACAGGCCAGCUUCGGCCAGGAGUGAGGGUUGUGCGGGGACCUGACUGGCGACAUGAAGUUAACAGAAAGCAGGAUGGUGGUGAGGGACACACAGGGACAAUUGUCUAUGUCCCUAAACACAACACCACUGACCGGAAGGUGACAGUGAUUUGGGACUCUGGCCGGGAAGUCAGGUACCGUGCUGGUCAAGAUGGAAAAUAUGAUCUCAGGAUCUUCGAUUCCGGCCCCUCAGGUGUGGUCCAUGAAAAUAUCAUAUGUGAUGGUGAAGGGUGUCAUGAGUCAAAGGUCAAAGGUUUUCGAUGGAAGUGUGCCGUCUGUGAUGACUUUGACCUUUGCACCCAUUGCUAUAUGGGUCGACAACAUAAUCUCAGACAUGGAUUUGUGAGGAUUGAUGUGGAGAAGUCUGCUGCAGUGGCAGUUCCACCACGCUCCAAGUCUAAAUCUGUGGGCUCCAUGGGUGUGUUCCCAGGAGCCAAAGUUGUCCGUGGACCACACUGGAAAUGGAAGAAUCAGGACGGGUCUGACGGAGAAGAAGGUGAGGUCAAAGAAGUGGUGACCUGGGGGUCAAGCCAACCAAAAGGAUAUAGGGGAGGGGUCAAGGUACUCUGGAGAAAAACUGACUUUGAAGGCAAAUACCGUCUUGGGGGUGAUGGCUGUGUGGAUGUCCUCUACAAGUCAAAAAAGUCUAUUGGUUCAGGAGGGCCCUACUACCCAGACCAUCUACCUGUUGUUGAUGUGGUUAACCCAGGUGUGGUAGCAAUGAGACCGUCGGACAAAGUCAGAGUGGCUCUGGAAAUUGGCGCACUGAAAAAACUUCAGGAACAUGAUAUGUAUGGAGGCUGGGACGACGGUAUGCACCAGUGCACAAAGGAACUGGGUACCAUUGUGGAGAUGCUGUUUGAGGGCAUGACUGUCAAAGUCCAGUAUGAAGAUGGGAAAGUGUGGACCUUACAUAGGAGUGCCCUCACAAGGAUCCAUGCAUUCACCAAAGACGAAGCUGUAAAGAUCUUAAAUGACUAUAACACUGUGAUGGGACUUCAAGAUGGACACGGAGGCUGGAACAAUAACAUGAGCGAGACACUUGGUCAAACUGGACGCAUUGUAAAAAUAGACAAUGAUGGAGACAUGAGGAUUAAAAUAAAAAACAAAGUUUGGCUGUUUAGUCCAGUGUGUGUUAGUCCUGUGGAGGACCUACUUGUUGCAGACAGCAUUCCAGCAAAUGAAAAGGAUGAUUACGAUAGUGACAGUAGUGAUGAUGAAGUUGAACUCGGGGAAAGUAUGAAUGAUGUUGCUGAGGCCAUUGCCAAAGUGUUUGUUGAGAUGUUGAGAGCUGACUCAAAUACACGAUCAGAUAACACUGUCUCUAUCAACAUAGUACAGGCUGCAGCCCAAGGUGCCUUUUCAGAUGUCCAGACAGUUUUAGAGAAGGACCGCUCACAGGUUGACCGGACGGUUGAGGAUAAGACUGCCUUACAACUAGCCAGCUAUGAAGGUCAUGUCAAGGUUGUUGAGCUGCUGUUGAAAUACAAAGCAAACAAAGACAAAGUGGAUAAGGAGGGAGACAGUGCCCUACACUACGCAGCUUUCGGGAAAGAGAAGUCAACGAUGGAAAUUUUGCUUAAAUCUGGUGUGAAUAUCAAUGUGACCAACAAGAAGGGCCAGACAGCCCUACACGUGGCCGUGGGAAAAGGCAGUCCUGACUGUACAGAACUUCUGGUCAACAAGGGGGCUGAUGUUAAUACCAAGGAUGAUGAUGAGGAUACUGUCAUGCAUGACUGCAUCUUACAAAAGGUAGGACAGCCACGUAUCCUUCAGUCAGUACUAAAGGCCAAAAAGGCAGAUUACAAGAAACAGAAUGAGAAGGGGUUCAAUGUGUUACACUGGGCUGUUCUCAAGGACAACAAUCCUGCUGUCCAAAUAAUUCUGGAAAAGGACCGUAAUAUCGUAAAUGAACAGACAAAGGAUGGUUACUCUCCGCUGCACAUUGCUGCUAUCAACAACCACAUUGACCUGGUUAACACUCUGAUUAACAAAGGUCAAGCAGAUGUGAAUGUAAGGGACAAAGAGAAGAGGACACCUCUGCAUUUGGCUGUGGUCCGCUGUCAUAAAAGUGCAUGUGAGAUCCUUGUCAAUAAUGAGAAAUGUGAUUUGAAUGCUCAAGACAAGAAUAACAACACAGCUCUUCACCUGGCAUUGGGCAACCGCUCACUACCACCGUCGGUAGUACACCAGUUGGGAUUAGCUAAGGACACAAGCAGUGAUGAUCUCAGUGAGAUCAUCUGUCUCCUCCUCGAACAUCAGGCCAGUAUCACACUGAAGAACUCCGAUGCCAAGACAGCUCUUGACCUGACCAGUGACCCAAUGACACGAAAGUUUAUGGAAAGAUUCAAGGACACAAGGUCAUCUUCUACAAAGUCCAAUAACGGAAUAUAUUCUCCUAGUCACUGGGAUCCAAUGGAUGGAGAGAUGGUAAAACGGUUUGUCCUGAAGAAUGAGGGAUGUGGCAUCAACAAGAUGGAGUAUGAAAAUAUCGUCAAAAAAUUUUCUCGGUCCCUACCACAAGCCCGCAUACUGAAAAUUGAGCGAAUUCAACACAAGUUCUUAUGGGAGAUGUAUUAUAUGACAAAGCGUAAUCUGGAGAGACAGUAUGGUGGACGUGGUACUGCUAAUGAGCGCGAUCUGUUUCAUGGUACAGUACCUGAGGCUGUAGAUAUCAUAUCUCAACAAAACUUUGACAUGCGGCUAGCAGGGGGUCGAGUCGGAACUCUCCUGGGCAAGGGCACAUAUUUCGCUGCUGAAGCUAAAACAUCUGAUGGCUACGCAGCUCCGGACAAAAAUCGUAACAAAUUUAUGUUCUUGGCGAAAGUCCUGGUGGGGAAAUAUUGUGUGGGCAAUGCAGAGUAUAGCCGACCUCCCUCUCAGAAUCCCAGUGACAGCCAGUCUGCUCUGUUUGAUUGUUGUGUGGAAAACACCAGGGAUCCUAAGAUCUUCUGUGUUUUUAGUAACAACCAGUACUACCCGGAGUAUAUCAUAGACUAUGUGUAGGUUUUAUCAUCCGCAGUACGGUAUCUUUGUUCAAUUUCAAGGGAAUAAUAGAUUACGGUUGUUCCAGUCAGAACUUCUUUGCGAGUAAUACAUUUCGCACAACAUCAGCUUGUAAACUUUCUGCAGUCAAUAUUUAUAUAUAUUUGUACAUAAUAUAUGAUUUUGUAUGCCCGCUGUAUGUAAUGGCCGCAAAUAUAAUUAACUUACAUUUGUUUCAUGUACAAGGUUUGAGUUUAGUCACAUGCAUUCCUUCAUGUGUUUUCAAAACAGGAAAAAAGCUGUAAGAAAUCUAUUAUCUAAAGAAGAGUGAUUAUUAUAUCAUACAGGUACCUCCUGGAAUAACCAGGCGAAGUUCCGACCAUGGUCAACCAUGGUAUUUGAUUGUUGACCAUGCAAAUUCAUAGUCAACCAUCAAAUACCAUGAUAAUUACAUUUCGCCUGAGGGAAUUCAAUAUACACAACCACACCCUACUUCAACACAGUAAUAAUACAGUUAGUGCAGAAUAAUUCUGUGGAAAUCAAGACGGAAAAUCAUGGAAAACGGUAAGGUUAACAUAUGGACUUGUAUAUGUUUGCACCGAUUGGGGUAUUUAAUAAACCACGUUUGCGAACACUUUUAAUUUCUGUAAUAUUUUACAACAGUGAUUUUUACGGUUUUAGUGACUUACGCCCCAUCAUUUAAUCAUUUUCUUAUCCAUAUAUAUUAGAUAAUACAUUGUAAGCUGUUUCCAGUAUACGUAGUCAGCUUCUUAUUUUAAACUCGGUGGACAUGUAAUUUCUGACAAUCUGGUAACUGUACAAACAUGAAUUUAGUCACUUAUGGUGUCCAUCAUUCACAACUCUUGUUUUAACCGAGUUCAUGUAAUCUUUAUACAGUUAGUUGCACUCUGAAUAUGGAACAUUUAAUAUUAUUUUGUGUUUAAUGUUUGAAGUAGAUGGUAGAAAUGUACCGACACAAAUAUCGUUACCCGAAACGUCUUCCAAAUUAUACGUACUGUACACAUGUCUGAGUGACAAAAAAAACAGUACCCCUUUCGAUAUAUGACAGAAUUAAGAUGUCCAUUCCAUAUACCAUAAUGCUUUUAGUAUUCUUAUACACAGGGGGUAGGCGUAGACGUACAUCACAAAAAAAUAAUUGACAUAUUAAAAAAAUAGCCUCCCUCGAGUAUGGCCCGUCCCAAGACUACAUAUCCUUGACUCGGGAGAGGCUAUUUGUUUUUAUCUGACAAUUAUUUUUUUGUGAUGCAGGUCCGCACGUAUCCCGUGUUCUUAUACAGCUGAAUGUAUAGCUUUGUGUUUUCAUAUACAUGUAAUGGUAUGUCUUAGAUGUGUUGUUGGAUUUUAAUGCUGUUUAUAUAAUCAGGUUUUCAACGAAAUUAUCAGACGAAAUUAUUUAAGAUUAGCCAUAUGUGUGUGUGUGUGUGUGUGUGUGUGUGUGUGUUACUUGGCAAGAAUUAUGUGUGUAACAUUAAGGUUUUAAGAACCACCUUCUUUAACCUUUUUUUGCCCACCAUCAUUAUUAUGGUGAUCUGUUCAAAUUGCCAUCCUCCUUGGUUCGUCGUCAGUCCAUUAACAUUCAAUGUUGAUGUUCUUGUGAGGAAUUAUAUGGAAUUUUUUCAGAUUCCAUUGAUAGGUGCGUGAUCGUUUUGAGACUGAUUUGGGAAUUUUGAAAUUUGAAAUGUGGAAUUUUGACAAUUGAAAUUUGUUAUCGUUUUUUUUUUUUUGAGUGAGUUCUUCAUAAAUCAUUUGGAAUUACAAAUGGAAGUUUACUUUCAAUAUAGAGAAUAUAUGAUAGAAAUCUAAGGAAAUAAAUAUAGGCACCGAAACGUCUUGCAAAGUACAUAUAUCCGUACUAAACACACAAUCGGUUCAUCCUUCUGAAUGUGACAGAUGUUUGUCGUCACACAUGCCCUAAUUAAUGCUUUAGUACUGUUAUAAAAAUAAUGUAAAGUUUAGUAAAUUCAUAUUAUAAUGUACAUGUAUUCUAUACACAAGUAUUUGCUGGUUUAAUGGCUUUAUAAAUUUAAUGUUUUCAAAUAAAUUGUCAGUUAAAAUUAUUUACUAAACAGUAAGAUAAGCUAAACAAUUUUAGAUGGGCGGAAAUGUUUAUAUGUAUGGCUGGAUGCACAUAUGGUUUAUCGCUCCAAGAACAGACAGGAUCAUUGUAAAGAGGGGUCUCAUUUUAGUAGCUGGUGGCUACCCCAUAGAACAACAUACGGGAGACCCGUCGCAUGCCAUCCGGAGCUAUUGGGUAGAAUAUCUUUACAUUCCAGAGAAACACAAACCGCUGAGGGAUGGGACAUCGAACCACGCAGCUCGGAACUUCACAUGAGGUUACGCAGGCUGUCUCACUAACCGACUGUACUUUAUCGUAGUCCCCUUUCGUCAUAAAGAGAGAUUAUAUAUAUUUAAAUGUAAGUAUACGUAUUAUACAAUGAACAUGGUGUUUUACAAAUCAUGAGUAAUUUUGAUAAAAGCUAUACAUGUGAUUUUCCAAUUAAAUUGUUUUUGGAUUUGUUUAUGUCAUACACUGUAUUUGCGAACAAUAUUUAUUGAUUUUUAUAAUUCAUACUUGUACGUUUUCAAUAUUUUUAAUAAACACUUUUUUAUUUCAUCA